UGUCCCCACUCCCCACUUUAUCAAACAGCACAGUAUUAUUACAAAGAGUUUUAACCGUUCCGCAAUGCCCUCAUCGCCCUCCUCCUAUUCUCAUACAAGCCCUAGGAUCUCCAACAGUUGCACCGCUGCUGCUUCUGCCACUGCUGUAGAAUUCCCCAUUCCCCAUUUCCUAUUUCCCUUUUCCCUUGCUCCUUCCUUGCCCAUGUCUCAUCCUUUUAUGCCAGUGAUUGUAAUUUGGUGUUGAAGUUGGUGCAUCGCCCAUCGGAUAGGAUCAUUCCAGCUCGCUUGUUUACACUAGUUGGAGGUCAUUUCAAGAAGCUUUGGAUUGUUCUAGUGGGUGAUUUGAGCUCUGAUUAUAGUAGCCCUGGAUGCAUCUCGAUCUUGUUAAUGAUCCUCUGUGAGAGCGCCGCUUGCUAUGGCUGAGAUGGAUGAAUGGAAUUUGAGCACAGUUCCUAAAGCACUCUGGGGUUUGUAGCCAGGAGGACUCAAAACAAGUAGCAAUCCAGGAGUUGUUAUUGAGAUUGCAGUAAAAGUUGCAGAACUCAAGGUUUGGCUGUGGUGGUUCUUAUGGUCCAUCUCUAAUUCAUACUCACAACGAGGCUUUUGCAGGUUAGAGCAGCAACUUUUAUGUUCAUGAUUGUAUAGACCAGUGGCUCCUGGGUCCCGAUCGAGGUUUGGAUUAGAGAUUAUUGAGAGUCGGAGAGUAUCAAGGAGGAGGGGCAUGGCACAGCAACAGCAGUCAGGCAGUAGCGGGGGCAGCGGAGGAGUGGGGCAAUUUGGAGACACAACAUUCACCAAAGUAUUUGUGGGGGGUUUGGCAUGGGAGACUCAGAAGGAAACAAUGCGCCGUUACUUUCAGCAGUUUGGAGAAAUUCUCGAGGCUGUGGUGAUCACAGACAAGAAUACGGGGCGAUCUAAAGGCUAUGGAUUUGUAACUUUUCGUGAUCCGGAGUCUGCCGUGAGAGCUUGUGUAGAUCCUUCGCCGAUCAUCGAUGGAAGACGGGCUAACUGCAAUCUUGCUUCGCUUGGCGCCACUCGAUCUCGCCCCUCUACUCCCCAGCAUGGUGGCCGGUUUAGAGUAGUGGGUUCUUUUCCCAGCGGCCUUCAGACUGGAGGACAUGGUUAUUAUGGCGGUGCGGCGUUCCCUCAACCUGCCCAAUACGCUGCAUUCCAGCAAGGCUUUCCGUAUCAAACUUAUGGAUUUUCCACAUACUCCCCGGAAAACACGUAUCCUCCGAACUACUACAGUCCGUACGGUGGAGCUCACUAUCCACAAAUAUUCACAGGCCCUGGAAUGAUAUCAAAUCCUGCAUUGUAUCCGUAUUACCAAUACGCUCAGACGUUGCAAGGAAGUGCUGGGUACCCACAAGCCCAGAACUUUGGUUUGCACUAUCCUCCCAUCAUGCAUUAUCCGAAUCCAGCAUCAGCAUCCACUUUACCUCAGCAAUACGGAGGUCUGGUUUCAUUUCCCACUGCAGUUCCCUCCACAGGUAUGACGCUGGCGCUGCCUGCACCAUCCAUCUAUCCAAUGCAACCACAACACACAACUGGCGGAGCUUCUGAGCACUCGCCAGCUUGACUUCUGUUUCAAAAAAAGAAAAAAACAAUGAAAAAAAUCCCCAAAAAAAAUGAAGACGGCACCAGAUCCAUUCUUGAGAGACAGUUAACUUGAUAUAUAUUGACUGAUCAUUGAUUUUAUAAUUUGACCCUAUCCCACUGGGAAUGGGCAGCAGUUUUUUUUUCAGUCUGCACAUUACACACACAAUUCGUUAUGUCACCGGUCAAAAAUAAUUGAAAGAGAAGUUAUAGUAGUCUAGGGAAAGUUCUGAUCACUGAUCACUGAUCACUCACACAAUUCACUUGGAAGAUGGGCUGAGAGAGCACUUUUAUAUCUCUGCUUCGCCUCUCUUCUUUGAUAGCAGUCAGUUAAUUAAAUUAUGUCUGAUAGUCAGUCUAAUGCACAUUAUUAGAGCAGGAUUUGCUGCUCACUUGUACUCUUCUAAUUCAUUUUAAUUAAAUAUUUAGUUAGGAAA